AUGCUGGAUUCAACUUCAACGCCAUCUAUUCCCAGAAGACCAAAAAAACAAUCGCAGGUUGAUUUACCUAAUGACCUGGAAGGUUUUGAUAGGUCUGAUACUGAAUCUGAUAAUGAGCAAAUGGUAAGUUUAGAAUCGUUGAAAUCUAACGAAGCAAGCGAUAAGAUUCCAGUGAUUCCAAAAAGGCCAGAUAGAUCAAAAUCUUCGUCAAAAAGCCCUAGUUUACCGGCUAUUCCUAAAAGGCCUCAAAAGUCCGUCACGUCUGGUGUGGAGGCAUCAAGUUCACUGGAUUUACCUGUAAUGGGAAACGAAGAAGAAGACCACAAAAGCAUAUAUGACGAGUCAAUAAGUUCGAAGCAUGCUGAUGAUGCAAUUGAACCAUCUAAAAGCUCUGAAGUAGGCACUAGAUCUGACGUCGAUGUUUCCGAUGGAGAUAAAACUCCCGGUAGUACUAAUACUAAGACUACUAUUAAAGAGAAUCUCAACAUAGCUGAUAAUAAUUCUAUGCAUAGCUUUGUUGAUGAUUUAGAAACCGUUCUGCAAGAUCGAGAUAACAAUGAUUCAUCGGCUAUUGGCCCCGAAAUAUGUCAAGAUAGUAAUUUACCAUCUUCGGGUGAAAGUGAUAUGAAUGCCAAACUUGGUGAAGAAUAUACUGAUCCUGAUUCGAACAGUCAAAAAGCUUGCGGGAACAGGGAUAAGGAAAAUGAUAAACUCUCUACAGAAGGUAGCGAGAGAAACCGUAAUGAAAGAGAUAUUCAGUCGAAUUACAGUGAAGAACCUCAAAAGACGAUAGAAAAAGAUCAAGAAGUAUCUAAUACACCAAAAGUAACCGAUGAAAAAGCAUCUGAGGACAAAGAUUCUGGUAAUGUUCCUCACAUUCCAAGAAGACCGAAGAAGUCAAAACCCGCUACGAGCGAACCUGAUGCUAAGUCAAUUGGAGGGGAAAUUUUAGACAAUAUUAAUAUAAUUGAUCAAAAGCAGACGCAGGUUGAUAAUAAAUACAAUAAUGAAGAGGUCUCCUCGAUAAAUGAAACUUCUCAUAGUAAGUCUGAGACUCCCCAACCAGAAAAAAAUACGACCAAGCCGAAAGCUCCUCCAAAACCUAAGAAGUUAUCAUCAAAAAUAGCUGCGUUUCAACAAAUGUUUAAUCAGGAAACUUCACCUCCAAAAAACUCCGAAACUAAUAAAUCGACCUCGAAGCCAGAUUUAGAAACAAAAACCUCUGAGAAUAAGGAAGUUCCAUCAAGGUUAUCGACUGAUAAAAUGAAAUUCGCUCAAAGUUUACAAGGCAUGAUGGGUAAAGGAAUAGCUAUGCCUGGUAUGGUCAACCCCAACGUUCACCAGAAGAUAGAUACUGAAGAGAUUGAGUCACCCGAUAAAGAGGUGAAAAUUCUGAAUGUGAAAAGGGGUAUUGCAAAAGGGCCAAGAGGUAAAAAGUUACCAAAAUCUUUAAAGAAUCCUGUCAAAGUUGAAGUUGUCCCUAGAUUUAAUUCUUUUAUUCUGACUAUAUGGGAAUUAGAUUUUCAAUCAGACAGUAAAUCGAAUGAUAAGGAGGGUAGUGAAGAUGUAUCCAAUAAUACAGAAACACAAAAACUGGGGAAUAUUGCAGAAAUGGAGAAUAAGUCUGAUCAUAUUAUGGAUAGUGAAUCUAUAUCGAACUCUACACCACCAUCAAACACUGAAGAAGAGCCAACCCCUUUAAAGAUUGAUCAUGAUGAUAUGUGUCUGGAAAUUGACAAACUUACAACUACUCACCGUGAACUAAAGAGCUUAGAAAGCAUAGAUAGUACCGAAGAGUCUAGAGAUACAGAUGCCGAAAAAAUGCAUGAGGAAAUCAAACCUGAUAAUGAUCCUGCAGCAUCAUAUCCAAACAAGCUGGAAGAUUUGGAUUUAGAUUUGGAUAAUAAUGAGCAACAAAUACUUGAGAACCAAGACCUGGGUCUAAAUCUAAAAGAGUAUUAA